AUGCUCACUUUGGUGAAGGAACUGGGCCGAUCUGGCUGCGUCGUGUGGACUGUUCAGGACAUGAACGUUCUCUCAGUGAGUGUGACCUCAACAGAUCUCAGCCCUCCUGUGGACACAGUGAGGACGCUGGUGUCCUCUGUUCAGUCACUGCAGCAGCCCAGCAUCUCCCUGAGAUAUGAUGGAGGAUCGGUGCAGGGACCCAAAAGUGCAGAGAUCACAGGAGGCUCCAGCUUUGAGUUUACCUGCUCCAUUACAUCCAGAUAUACUCCAGGCCGUUUCAUGCUCAUCUUCUCUGGAUCCAACCAAAAGUACACAAAGCCUGCUGUCAGAAACUCAGCCAGGUUUAGUUUCCCUGCAGCUGAGUAUGAACACUGGGGUCGCUACAGCUGUGUGUAUGAGAUAAAUGUGUCAAUGAAGGAAUUCCAGUCAUCUGAGUCACCACCAAUUCAUGUCAUCAUCACAUUUCCUCUGCAGCAGCCCAGCAUCUCCCUGACAUCUCCUAAUGGAGGACUGGUCUGGGGACCUGCAGUUACAGAAGUCACAGGAGGCUCCAGCAUAGACUUUAUCUGCACCAUUCAAACCAGAUAUACUCCAGGCCGUUUCAGACUCUUCUUCUCUGGAUCAAACCAAAAGCACACAGAGCCUGCUGUCAGAAACUCAGCCAGCUUUACUUUCCCUGCAGCUGAGUAUGAACACCAGGGCAGCUACAGCUGUGUGUAUGAGUUACUGCUGCCAUCAAGGACAUUCACUUCUGCUGAGUCAGCACCAAUUCGUCUCAUCAUCACAUUUCCUUGGUGGCUGCUGGUGGUGUCAGCAGCUCCUGGGAUCCUGGUGCUCCUGCUGGUCCUGUUGGUGGUCGCUCUGGUCCUCUGGAGAAGACGACGAGCCAGGCGGUUUGAUCCCAACGUCCUGAUCCAAAUGGCUGCCACAAACAGAUAUGAGGAUGAUGAUGAGGAGGAGGAGGAGGAGAGGGAUUACGUGAAUGUUGAGCCGGUGAAGAUAAAAAGGAAAUGUGGAGAGCAAGCAGGAGUGGCAGACGAGGAGUCUGACAAUCAUGAUUAUGUCAACAUAGAUGAUGAAAUUGAAAGCACUGAUGAUGAAAAUGAUUAUGUAAAUGUGACAGAUGGAUGCUGAACAAACUGGACAUUUUUGCAGGAGAGCAUAUUUACCAAAACUUUUUUCUUUAUUUCACUAAUUUCAUUUACAUCACUGGGCCUGCUAAUUUAUAUUCUCUGAUUUAGUAUUUUUCAUAGUUCUGCUUCUUUGGCUCCUGUGUCCCCUCCCCUAUGCAAAUGGCUAACAAUCAGCCAUUAUAAUUUGUCAUACAUUGAGAAUAGCAGACAAAUCAACAAUACAGCAAUACAUGUGUGUGACAGAAUUUAGAAAAUACAUCGGUGCAAAUUAUAAGUCUAUAUCAUGAUGUCAUCUGUUUUUGUGUUUGUUGUAGGGCUGUAAAUGUUAACAUGUUAACGCCGUAAUCACAAUUAACGCGAUUAAAAUUUUUAAUGCAAUCAACCCAUCUGAGGCGCCCAGGAGGCAUCCUUGUCCGAUGCCUGAACCACCUCAGCUGGCUCCUUUCGACGUGGAGGAGCAGCGGCUCUACUCUGA